AGGUUGAGGGGUAAGAAUGAUACCGCGCGCGUAAACAAACGUCUCAUUAUGUGGGAGCUACAUAUCCCCACAUGCGACGUCACAUCUCCCACUUACUGGCCCAUUCACGCAUCUGCCGUUCGGUAAUAAACAUAGGACUAACAGAACGUGAAGGUUAGUAUGUCCGGAGAAUAAAAGGAAAAUAAACCAUUAGAUCAGAUCUAACACUUCUUCGACUUGAAUAAUUUCACCUCAUACUAUAUCUACACUAUCAAGAUACUUGAACAACACUCAUACCUCAUUAUCGUCAACAUGGUGGCUGCUAUAAAACGACGUGAACCUGCCAAAGAUCCACAGAGAGUCUUCCACUACACAGACCUCCAGAGAACCAAACCAACCCGCGAGAAUGACCCCUACGAGUAUCAAGCAGGCUGGGGUAACCGCCAUCAAUCAGAAGUCAUUCCCGGUACCCUCCCGGCCGGUCAAAACAAUCCCCAAGACAGAGGCUUUGGUUUAUACACUGAAGGCAUCACCUACUCUGCAUUCGCAGCUCCUCGUGGUCUCAACAUGAGCACUUACAUGUACCGUGCUCGACCAUCAGCUGCUCAUCAAGGCUACUCAAGCAUUGAUACAAAGUCCCAUAUUGAGAACUGCUUUUUAUCACUGAACCCCAAGGUUGAGCCUUUGUAUCAACAGGCUGAGUGGUCGCCGUUUCCACUGCCGAAGGAUGAUGAGACGAUUGACUUUACCGAUGGCUUGCAUACCCUCGCUGGAAGUGGUGAUCCCAAUCUUCGUCAGGGGAUCGCUGUGUAUGUUUACAUGAUCAACUCGUCUAUGAUCAACAAGGCAUACUGCAACACAGACGGCGAUUUUCUCAUCACUCCUCAACUUGGCAUCAUAGACAUCCAAACUGAGAUGGGUCGUCUCUUUGUCCAGCCUGGAGAAAUAUGCGUCAUUCAGCGCGGUGUCCGGUUCCGCAUUAAUCUCGCUGAAGGUGUCCCUGUUGCCCGCGGACAUAUUGCCGAAGUCUGGGGAUCUAUGUGGGAGCUUCCUGACCUGGGACCAAUCGGAGGACAUGGUUUGGCUAACCCAAGGGAUUUCCUUUAUCCCGUCGCUCAUAUCGAUGAGGACUUACAUGUGCCUUUCAAGAUUGUUGUCAAGAAUAACGGGAAGCAUGUUGUCAUCAGUCAGGAUCAUAGCCCUUUUGACGUUGUUGCUUGGCAUGGGAACGCAGUUCCCUACAAGUACGAUUUGACAAAGUUCGCGUCUCAGAACAGCACCAGCAUUGAUCACACUGAUCCCAGUAUCAACACUGUCUUGACGGCAAAGUCAUUCGACCCUCAUGUUCCACUCGCAGACUAUCUAUGGUUCGGUCCUCGCUGGGACGUAGCUAGCAAUUCUUUACGUGCACCUUACUACCAUAGGAACAGUGCGACUGAAAUGUUGGCUUGUAUCUAUGGAGCUGGUCUCGGCCGCUCCGAUGACUUUCUUCCUGGUGGCUGUAGUUACGAGGGUGGACAUACUCCACAUGGUGGUUUUGGUGAAGAGUACAUCACCGAAUCCGUCUUACAGCAUAAUGAACCGCGCAGGAUCUUAGAGAAUCAAAUGACGAUCAUGGUUGAAUCGUCACGCACAUUCCUGUUUACAGAGUAUGCUCGAGAGAUCUGCGGUGUUCUUCACAAACAGGCUACCGACUAUCGAGUUUGGGAUAACCUGCCUGAUCGUUUCUCAGCACAUCCUUUGACCAAACAGUUGCUUGAGCGCGUUGCGAAGGACAAGGCGAACCAGAAGAAGGCCGUUAACUACUAUCACUCAGUUCAGUUGCUGGAUGCAAAGGGUCAACCUACGCAGGUCUUGCCUCAUGAGAUCAAUGGACACGCGCUCAAGACUGGUCAAGUCUGAUGCUAUAGUGUGGAAUUAGGACAUGCUGUGGAUUUUACCUGGAGCGAAGAAGUAUCUUGUAUGUGUAUUUUAUAACUUUGUGCGCCCGUAGGUUCUCGCGUAUGAAUAGUAUCUUUUCUAGCA